AUCAUGGAAUACGCUUGAUGACAUAGUUUUGCAUUAGGCCUGCCUGCUUACUCAGUAAUUCUGACUAAAUGAAAUAUUGUAACUCAUUUCUUACAGCAUUGAUGAGUCUACUGUUCUAAAUUAAUGCUGCGCUGUUAAUUCUCAACUGUUUUCCCAAAUUAUUGGUUUCAUUAUUGGAUUAGUUUUCAGAUUGCGUUGCAGAAAAUACCGUAGUUUCUACCUUUGUAGUGUAUACUCAAGAACCUGCCCUGUUUUCCCGGUAUGGUUUCCUUCUGAAUAGAAACCAUGUUAGCUUACAACAGCCGAUCGGACUCCCUCCACAAAUUGGGGAUAGAGAAUUUCCAAACGAACAGCAUCUUGGGUGGAAGCAGUGUGGGUCUGACAACGGAUGAUCGUCCACCAGGUUGUUUGCAAAGGUUAUGGAAAAGUCACUACCCGUCAGUGCGUUACUGCACUAAGUGUGGAAACUACAAAUGUUCGCACAGAAACCUAACGCCUCUGAUUUUUGGAUUCUUUCUUGGACUCAUCUACAUUACUUCUCUUUCGCUGUUUCUAUUGAUCAACAUGGAAAAAGUAGAGCGAGGAGCGCAAAUUCUCCAUCUUCUUAUCAGACCACACAGUUUAGAACGGUCGAAUCCAUUCAUAAACAUACCAAUGAACGGGACUAAUGAAACAGCUCUUGCAAUUUAUCCAACAACGCAAAUUGUAAUAAGCAAUACAACUGUGUUGUUAAAUUCCAGCCACUCUGACAAUACAAACUCCUCCACAAUUCCCGAAGAUGCUAAUUCCAAUUCAAGCUCGAAAUUUUCAUCACAAGAUAGCAGUCCAUCACAAUUGAAGACCAACUUGCUGAAACAAUAUUUGAAAAAUAAUGAGGUGGAUGGCAUCAAAUUGGAAGACGUUGUCAAUGAGAAUAUUGUUAAAGGAUUAAGCCAGAUUUUAAGCAUAAUCGAAGAAAAGAAGAACAUGUCUGGUGUCGAAUCGGCAAAGUCAUCGACGCCCAACUCGCGUGAAACAGUUUUCGAUAGAAAUCAUUUGGCAAAUGAGUAUCAUAUCGGUAGUCGAAAAAGAAGAAGCAUCGAGUCAAGAUACAGCGUUGAAAUCAGUUACAUUUAUGAUGAGUUCAUGAAACAGAUAAAGAGCUUCAAUGACUGCGUUUUAAAACUGAAAGAGUUUUUAAAUUUAAUCGAAGAAAUAAAGAAACAGACCGGAGAUUUAUCAGUCGACGAGAGACAAUUUACAAAGAAAAUUAUGGAUGAAAUUUACAGGAAGUGUACUACCUUGUUGAUGGAGGAAAACAAUAUGAAUCAUUGUGUGAAUUGCUCUCCAAACAAUAAUAAUCAAACUACAGGUAUAUCGGAUCAGAUAAAACCUGAAAAACCUCCUGCAUCUUCAAAUACCGUCAACUAUUAUUCAGUUACUGGUCCCUCGAUAGACUCUGAACCCGGCCUAACUGAUUAUGUGGGUAGUCAAAGAAAUCAUCCCUACAGCUUUGAAACAAACAAAUUCAUCAACCAGCCAUCAUUCAUUCCACCAUCAGGUCCAGGGAUCUCCGCGUCUGGCGGUCGUCCUUACGAGAAAAUACAAACAAGCCAGCAGCUAUCCGUAUCGCCACAAUCAGUCUAUCCUUACCCUCAACAGCCAGCCACUGCUGACGAUGGUCAGACCAGUGAUAAUAUCUACCUUGCUUGCAAGAAUAAACAUCUUGAAAAUAUUAACUACCAAAGACUACCUAGUAAUGAUUUUGGAUUGCAAUCUCUCCCUCAGCAAACUAUAUGCAACCAAUGUAUAUUGAACGCAAGACAAAGUAAUUAUGGAACUAGUGGAUUGAAUGGAAACCAAAUGGACGGCCGUGCUAUUCAUGUACCCACUGCUAUGUCAUCUCCCAAUCCAUACAUAAUACCUACAGCUAAUGGUGGUAGACCGUUGUUCUCCCCGCAACCAGGUUUAGCUCCUUAUAAAAAUUUAGCUCCGAAUGGGAAUGUCAACUCAUAUUAUGAUAUGCCUGGAUUACCGUACUCCUCGGGCAUUGAAGUGAAGCCUCAAGCUCCUGUCGUCGACAGUCAGCCUGCCACACUGGAGUGCAAUGUUCUCGAUUCCCUGCGCACCGUCAACUUCCCCACUGUCCCCGGUGUGGCCGAGACGCGGCAUUCUGACGAGGAACACUAUCCAGUCAACAGUCACGACCGAAGCAGCAAUGAAACCAUCAAUCCAAGGAUGUAUCUAAUUCAGAAAUGUGAUUACGGCCAGAUAAACUGCUUGGACGGUGACUGCGUGGCGGUGUCAGCUGUGUGCGAUGGCAGAGUCGAUUGCAGCGAUGCAAGUGACGAAAUGUCGUGUCCGUGUCGGAAGCGCGUCGACAAGAGUCGUCUCUGCGACAAGUACUUCGAUUGUCCGAAUGGAGAGGACGAAUUGGGAUGCGGUCAUUGUCCAAAGGACUCAUUCAGCUGCGAUGACUGGAGUCAUGAUGGAACCCGCACCACUUGUGUGAUGAUCGAACAGCGGUGUGACGGAAUCGCGCACUGCCCCAACGCCAAAGAUGAAGCCGACUGCUCCGUACUCAGGAGCACAAUCAGCAGAAAAGAGUCGUUCUCGGUACCAUCUUCUCAAGGCAUUUUACAUAGAAAUUGGCAAGGCAAUUGGUAUCCUGCCUGCCCAGAUCUCAGGACCGGAUCUUCUGUUUGGGCCAAUACUGCUUGCUCUGCUGAAGUAGGAAAUUCCCUGCCUCCAAAACUGGAAUACUUGUCGGUCUCACAUCAUUAUAAUGGUUUGUUCCUGACUCCUAUUGAUGACGAGCAUUUAGCCUUGACAAAUGGCUGCGGAAAAACCGGAAUUGCAACAUUUGUUACAUGUGCUGACAUGCAGUGUGGAACUAGAAUGUACAAGCCAUCAUCUGAAGAGAGAAAUGAAGAUUACGAUUCUAUUGAUGACUCAAAUUUCCACUUUUUUAAAUCGCUCUGCAGGUACAAGCACCACUACUAUGAGAUGCAGGCAGGCGUGCUGCGACGCUUUUCGUUCUCACCGAUGGAGCAGACGCGCCGCGUCGCUGAGGUGGUGAUGCACGAGGGAUACGUGCGCUCGGUCAUGCAGAACGACGUGGCGCUGGUGAGGCUGGCCAAGCCCCUGCGCUUCAGUCGCUGGGUGCGCCCCAUCUGUCUGCCCUUCGACGUGCCUGCCUGGAUGCCCCGCCCUGGCACCCUCUGCACCGCCGUCGGCUGGGGCGCCACACAGGAGCAUGGACCUGAUCCCGACCACAUGAGAGAAGUAGAAGUACCAAUCCUGCCAGAGUGCGUGCACCGAGCGGACAGGGAAGGGAACGAGUUGUGUGCGGGUGUGCACGAGGGAGGCCGUGACACCUGCCAGGGAGAUAGUGGCGGGCCGCUUCUCUGCAAAUUUGAAGACUCUAGAGACAAGUGGUAUGUGGCAGGGAUAGUGAGCCACGGCGAGGGUUGCGCCAGGCCCAACGAGCCCGGUGCUUAUACAAGAGUUGCCAACUAUCUCGAUUGGAUAACCACUAAAAUGCAAAGUAGGCUGCCAUUGGAGAAGCCUCUUGCCAGUUGUCCCGGCCACCAGUGCAGUGGUGGGUACCACUGCAUUCCUGCGAUGAGGCGCUGCAACGGAAAAGUGGACUGCUUCAACGCCGACGACGAGAUUGGCUGCUCUUUCGAGCUAGGCUCCACUAAAAAUAUCACCGAUGACAAGCUCCCAUCCACUACUGAAUCCAAGCCCAAAUCGCAAAAUGAAUCAGAUUAUCAUACAACCGAAGCUGCUGCUAAUACUACUACUGAAUAUCCUUCCACGACAACCAUGGAUAUCAGCUCUGUUGAACCAUAUGAUAUUAAUCGUUCCGAUAUUGAUAACGAUAACAGUUAUUUUGAAUCCAGAGCAUAUGACAAACCUGUGACAAGGUAUGAUCUCUAUGAUACAACCACUAUCAGUAGUAAGGAUAUCGAUGAUAUAACUACAACUGAUAAUAGUAAGGAUAUUGAUUAUAUCACUACUACUGAUAGUAAAUAUAUGUUGUAUGAUUCUACUACAAUAAUUGAUAGUAAUGAUGAUGAUGAUGAUGGUGAUGAUGGUGAUGAUACAACUACAAUUUAUAGUAAGAAUGCUGAUGAAACUAAGAUUAAUGCUAAGGAUGUUGAUACAACUAAAAUCAAUAUUCAAGAUGUUUAUGAUACAACUACAAUUAAUAGUAAGGUUGUUAAUGAUAUAACAACAAUGAAUAGUAAGGAUUUUGAUGAUGAAACCACAAUAAUUGUUAGUAAGGAUGUUAAUGAGUUAACUACAAUAAUUAAUAAGUAUCCUGAUUAUACAACUACUAUCAGUAGUAAUAAACUUGAUGAAACAACAACCGUGAAUAGCAGAUCUAACGAUAAACUUCCAGAUGGUUUGAAAAACAUUGAAGGUACCUCUAUUGGUGAAAAUAAACAGCCUACUGAACUUACUCAACACCCAAGCAUUACAACUGCAAGCCCCUUCUAUUCACAAUCAUCCAAUGAGUCAUUCAAUCAUCAGCUGGAGCCCAAGGUUAUCACUGAUGUUCUGUGCAAUGCAUCAGAUAUUGCAAUUGGCAUGAAUGUGUCUGAAAAUAUGCUGAGGAAGAUGGUUUUGGAGAGAGAAGUGUCAAAGAUUAUCACAGAAAUGCAGUCUGACUCUUCAAUUGCCCAUUCUGAUAAUCUAACAGCUCUCACGAUUGAUGUGGUAUGGAAGCUACUGGAUAGAUUCGAGCUGUCAUGUAAUCUGGAGGACUAUGACUCAUUGAGUGAAGAUGAAAUUUCUUCGGUUUGUUUGUUUAGAGAUCUGUGUAGAAAUUAUUUGAAAAAAUGUGGAGAACCGUAUAUCUCAAAAUCUCAGGCUUCCCAUGAGAUAAGAAAAUCAGCAGACGAUAUUGAUCACGAUAGCAAGUCCAACUUAACGACUUCUCUAUUGAAGGGCCAAGAAAAUGUCACAGAUGACUUCCCAAUAAUUUGUCCUGGAGACCGUUUUAGUGAAUCUAAUUUUGAGAAUCAAACUCAUGGUUCACAUUUUCAAUGCAAAAUGCUCAAUCAAUUAGUUUUAAAAAGCUCAAGAUGUGAUGGUCAAGUGGAUUGUGAAGAUGGUUCGGAUGAAGUGAAUUGCACUUGCUAUGAAAUACUGUUGAUUGAAAAAAGAGAGCUGAUAUGUAAUGGCAUUGUAGAUUGUGCUGAUGAAACAGAUGAAAUGUAUUGUUCUGUUCACCAAUGUCCCACUAGAAGAAUUCCACAAUAUUUUUAUAGUAAAAGAUGUUUACAUAAUGUCAUCAGAAGUGGCCAGAGCAAUCAUACAGGAACGAUGAAUCAGACCAAGAAGCAUAAUCGUUUCAUGCUGACUGACGGUAAAAACCUUCAAUUAGAUGCUGGGGGUCAGCCAAAGUUGAUGAUUGGUGGUUUUGUAACAGAAUAUCGCGACUGUGAAUGGUGGCCAGUUUGUGUUGAAAAAGCUAUGGAGUUUCGAAGUGCGUUCCAAACUUGUCUAAACUUGGGAUUUGCUGGCUAUGAUAAAUUCAAAACCGAAACCGUAAGUAAUAAAAGCAUUCAACAUAGAACUGAUAGAAGUGUAGAUGUUAGAGGAAGUGAUUCGGACAAAUGUAUGGGAAUUUCUGUGGAGUGCUAUGGCUUGAAGGAUCCCACAGAGUAUCCUUGGCUGGCAGGGAUUUUUGUAGAUGGGGAGCUGAUAGGAUCUGCAGCUCUCCUCAGUUUGGAUUGGCUUGUCACCAAUAGGCACAAUGCAGAGAGGUUUGGUUCGUGGAAAAAGCACAUAUCAGUUUCCCUUGGAGCCAGCUCUCUCCUAUCUGUUAACAAACUAGGACUGUAUGAACAAAAUAUAGGGAUUGAUAAUAUUGUACCCAUCCCUUCAAGUUCAGCGUUAUUAAUCCAUCUUAAACAACCAGCUGUUUUGAGCUAUAGGGUACGGCCUCUGGGACUUCCUUCUAUGUACAAUGUGCACCAUUCCAACGGACAGUGCAUGGCUGCUGGCUUUGGCAGGUCCAAUAGAAUCAUUGCCGUCAAUCUCAAGUCGAAGAGGGCCUACAAACAAAGUACUGAAGUUGAUUGUGAAAUUGGUAAAAGUUGUUUCAAUAGACACAAUUCUAGUGACGAUGGCCAAAGUGUAAAAGAACAGGCGUUAUCUGGUGUGAUCGUAUGCAACGGAGUGAAUGGUUGGGGCUGGUAUGCGGAUUCCACAUUCAGUGUACAAGAUGCUUUCUCCAAUGAAAACAAAGUGUAUUCUUUUGACAGUCUUCCUCAACUCUCAGAUGAAAUUAUUGCUGCCACAAAAAUGAAAAGUCAAUUGAGUGGUACAGACGAAAUAGCAACUUGUAGCGGGUGGCGAUGCCCCAGAGGCACGUGCAUACUUUGGAAUAAAGUUGCUGAUGGAAUUCCGAACUGCGAAGAUGGAAGCGAUGAAGAACACACAGCUGAAGAAAUGAAGAAGAAACGAUUAUUGAAGACAUUUGUUGAAGAAUGUCGCAAUGAUGAAAUCAAAUGUAAAAGUGGACAAUGCAUUAAAAAAUCGUUGUACUGCAACGGAGUUAAGGAUUGUAAUGAUGGAAGCGAUGAGCAAGAUUCUUGUGAGAAAAAUUGCACAAUGUAUUUUGAGCUUUCUGACAAAUCGAAAUUGUGUGACGGCCACAUUAAUUGUCUUGACAAAUCGGACGAGAGCUGGCAAUAUUGCGGAAAAAAGGAAUGUGACGCACCUGGUUCUUUUACCUGCAAACGUUCAAGAAAGUGCAUAUCAAAUGACGUUGUUUGUGAUGGGGCUGAGGACUGCCCUGAUGGAGAAGAUGAAAAGGAGUGCAGUGCAAUUAUUGAUACAAAAGGGCAUCAAAAGAUAGAAGGAAUGCUGAAAGUGAAAGUGUUUGGACAGUGGAUGCCCUAUUGUUUUGACGAUUUUCCAACUGAACUGAACUUGAAUAAAAUGUGUCAAUCUCUUGGAAGUGAGAAGUCGUCCGGAUCAGAAUUGGUGCUCGAGCAAAGAAUGGAAAUAAAUAACUCAUCUUUCAGUGGUAUAACAUUCCCGAAUAGUUCAGAAAAAAUGUACAUCAGAAAUUCGUUUACGAAUCUCAUCUUGAAUUCAUCCAGUAAUGUUACUUGUAAAGCCUUGCACCUAGUAUGUUCAUAAUCAGUGAACGUGUAAAAAUAGAUAUAUUUGUUGAUGAACAAAGUAAAUGUAAUUCAUAAAGCAUCAUACCUCGAUUGUUCAUAUGUAAUUUUUAUAAAUAUUAGUGUAAAAUAAAUAUGCUAAAAUCUUA